AUUACCGGGUGCGCGUGCGCUCAGCGCGUUUUUACCGCAGUAUCUCUGGAUUAGUGCGCGCGCUGCGGCACUCCGCUCGGUUCUCAAACGGGAAGAGCGAGAAAAAGCGACCGAAAACACGCCCGCUCGCAUCCAUCAGCUCAAGCCGUUUCAUCGCCCUUAUUCCAAGCGGUUAUAAAGGCGGCGCGCACCGGAGACAUGGCCAAAGAGGAAGAGAAGAAGGAAUCCGGGGAAUGGAAGGAAUUCUUCUGGAACCCGCGGACGCACGAGCUGCUGGGUAGAACGGCGAGCAGCUGGGGUCUGAUUCUGUUGUUCUAUCUGAUCUUCUACACAUGUCUGGCUGGCAUGUUCUGUCUCACCAUGUAUGUGAUGCUGCUGACUCUGGAUGAUUAUCAGCCCACUUGGCAGGACCGUCUGGCUACACCAGGCAUGAUGAUUCGGCCAAAAGCCGAUCCUCUAGAAAUCGUUUAUAGUGUGAAGGAAACAGAGAGCUGGGACUCUUACAUUCAGGCUCUGGACAACUUCCUUGCACCCUAUAAUGACUCUACGCAGGUGGCGAAGAACGACGCCUGCGUGCCGGAUCAGUACUUCAUCCAGGAGGACAGCGGAGAGGUGCGCAACAACCCCAAACGCUCCUGCCAGUUCAACCGCACCAUGCUGGGAAGUUGUUCCGGACUCCAAGACCGCACGUACGGAUACCAGGACGGAAAACCAUGCGUGCUCAUCAAACUCAACCGGGUGAUUGGUCUGCACCCAAGUAAUGAUGGAAAGUCGCCGUUCGUCACCUGUACAGCAAAGGCUCAGAAGAUGGCUCAGAAGAAUGACACCUUUGCUGAAAUCGAAUAUUUCCCUCCAAAUGGAACCUUCAACCUCAUGUACUAUCCAUACUAUGGCAAGAAAGCACAGGUGAAUUAUUCUCAGCCCCUGGUGGCUGUGAAGUUCUUGGACCUCUCUUUCAACACGGACUUCAACGUGGAGUGUAAGAUCAACUCUAGCACUCAGUUCAAGAUCAGCGAGAGAGACAAGUUCGCUGGCCGCGUGAUCUUCAAGCUGCGCAUAAACAAAGAGUAGAGCAACCGCACCUGCCACACACACACACACACACACACAGGAGAUUGUAGGAGUCACUCAUAUCUCAAAGUGUUCAAUGUAUUUGUCCGUCCCCAUUCUCCUGUCUACAGGAUGGUUUCUGUGUGUGCGUGUGCGUGUGUGCGUGUCUUUGUAUCUCUGUGUGUUCUGAGUACUCUUGACUGUCGUCAUAUCCAGCUGAUAUCGUUCCAAAGUGAUUCAAGAGAGCAGGAAAACAUCAUCGAGCCUUUCUAGAUCUCUAGACGUAAUCAUCACGAACAAUCCAGUGAAUUCAGAGGGACCACAAUCAUCCAAAACCUGCCAAGAUAUUAUAUUUCAGAUGAAGAAAAUCUGCUUUUGUCCCAAAUAUAGGAAAAUCUAACAUAGGCUUCAGUUUCUGUAUGCAAAAUAUAACUUCUCGCCCUUUUCUCUGGAUAUCGAGCUAAAACGUGACCUGGAUUCACUCGUUUAGUUUAUAUAAUGGCUUCUAUGUGAUUGAGCGUAUAUAAUAAAUCAGGACCGUUCAUAAAAUAAAAUCUGUAGAAAUGCACAUAUAUGAUCAAUUAAAUAAACAGAGCCAUACAAAUCAUUCCUCGAAUCACAUAUCGCUCUCGUUUCAUCCAUUCGUUUAUUUAUUUAUUUAUUUAUGAGAAUUAUGCUACAUUUAUAAUGUUAUUCAUUUAUUUAUUUAUUUAUUUAUGCUCUGAUCUGUGGUUUUUAUUUUUUAUACAUAUACGAUGUUUGUGAAGACACUUUUGUAACACUGUAAUGUUCACGAACGCACACACAAGUUCAACGGAAACGAUUGGCUGACGUUCUGCACAUGCUCAGAUUGCACUCGACGACAGACACAUUAGCCAAUCAGCUUCAAGCUGCGCCAUAUAUCAGUUCGCCAUUAAUUUGCCCAACCGAAAACGUAUUUGCUCCAUUUCGAACGGAACGGCUCGACCCAUCUUUCUAAAUGUGCACACAGCAAUACCUUCUGGUCCGUGAGUGUACUGUUAAUACUUGUAAAUAAUACAGAAUCUGAGGUAGUUAAUGAGAGAGUAGGCUGAAAAAAAGACUAAAAUGACCAGUAAAUUUGCCAAUCCAAUACGUACUAAUGUAGAUGAAUGAACAAAUGUGUUUUCUUCCCAAAAAAGUGUUUUUUAAUUCAUUUGUUGUUGAGCACAUCAUGGGCUAGCGCCCGUUAGCACAACGGAAAUAUGACGCAAACAUUAGCUGCAUACGUUUCUCGAACUUUAGUUCGUUUCUUCUUAGCUUUGGUAGGAAUUUAGAUUUUUAUCAUGUGAUUUGACAUUUGGAUGUUCAAGGGGACAAGUCAGACUCCUGAUUUGUGAGCGGGACAUUAGCGUAGUGCUUAUUAGCGAACCACUAGCCCGCCGUCGUCGGCGCGCGUCGGCGGGCAGCCUGUCUGUGUUUUCUUUUCUUUUGUGUUUCUCACAUUCCUUUAUUUCGCCCCCAGUAGUGAAUGUGCUGUGUUUCAAUUGGGUUACUGCCACAGUGUUGUGCGUUUGAAACAUUGGAGGGUGUGUGUUAGAAAAGUGUGUGGGAAAUAAAAAGAGCCAAACGCGGCCAAACUUUCAAAUUAACGUCACUAGUCCAUCCGUCGCACAUCGGCACACGACUUACGGCCUGAUGUUGGGAUCGGUUCAAUGUUUACACAGAGCAGUGACUAAUAACUAGAUUAGCCGCGUGCUAAACUUACGCUGCCUGCCGUACGUUUACUGAGAUCUACUUCACGUGUGCUGCCUGACCGCUCUACGUCAUGGAAUAGAUUUUAUAUGUUUUUAAGAUAUGGUCAAUCGAAUUAUUGCACAUUAUUUCUGACUUCUGUACUUUAGAUGCAGCAGCGACGCGUACGAGCACGUCGCUGCUGCGCAGAGCGUUUGUAUACCGCGCGUCACCACGGCGAGUGUAGAUCACGCACAUCCUUCAUACGGUUUGUUCAUUUCCGUAAGGCGAAAAAUUCAAGCAGACAGGAAUUUGGGACAUCAUCACCAUGGUAACAGUGCAUGACGUCAUCAGUGAUCUCACGUGCUAAGCUGCGGUCGCAUUCAUCGUCGCUCGGCGCAAUUUCGCAGUCACAGAGUGAAAAAGUUCCCUCGCUGACCAACAGAAAGCUACGUGUGCCUAUUUCCAGCAGCUAAGAAAAAAAUCAUGUUUAAGUUAAAAAUCACACUUAAGUCAUUUGACUUUAAAAGUUAAAAUUAUGGGAUGAAUAUAUGACUUUAAAUGACUUUAAAAGUUGAAAUUAUUAGUUAAAAAAAAACAAAAAACAGUUAUGAUAUACCAAGUCACAAUUAAGAGAUAAAACAUCAAAAUGAUGAGAUUAAAAUUCAGAAUUAUGAGAUAAAAAGUCAAAAUUAUGACAUAAGUCAAAACUGACGUAUAUAUGUCAUAAUUUCAGCUUUUUAUAUCAUAAAUAUGACUUACGUCAUAUUUUAAACUCUUAUCUCAUAAUUGACUUGGUGUAAAUUCAAGCUGUACUGUCAUAAUUUCAACUUUUAAUCUCAUAAAUAAGAUUAGCAUGUCAUAAUUCUGACUUUUAAAGUUACGUCAUAAUUUCAACUUUGUCUCUCAUAUUUGACUUAGUAUGUCAAUUUUGACAUUUAAAGUUAGAAUUUUGAGAUUUUUCAUCUCAUUAUGGCUUUAUAAUUUCAAUUUAAAGACAUAAAUUCAAGUUUUAUUAUAACUAUGACUCUGUAUGUCACAAUUUAGAUUUUUUUUUAUCUCAUAAUUGACUCAGUAGGUCAAUUUUGACAUUUAAGGCAAUAAUUAUGACUUUAAUAUCAUAAUUUUGACUUUUUAUCUUACAAAAUGUUUAAUAUAAAUAAAUGUUUAAAGCAUAAUUAUGCUUUGUCAUAAUUUUGACUUUUUAUCUCAUAAGACUAAGUACGUCAUAAUUUCGACUUUUUAUCUAAUAAAUAAAACAUAGUAUAUCAAAAUUUUGACUUUUUGUCUCAUAAGACUUAUGUCAGAACUUUGACUUUUGAAGUCAUAAUUUCAACUUUUUAUCUAAUUAAUAAAACAUAGUAUAUACAUUUUUGACUUUUAAAGUUGUAAUUUCAACUUUUUAUCUCAUAAAUAAAACAGUAUAUCAAAAUUUUGACUUUUUAUCUCAUAAGACUUAGUAUGUCAAAACUUUGACUUUUAAAGCCGUAAUUGUGACUUUUUAUCUCAUAAUUAUGAUUUAUGUCAUAAUUUCGACUUUUUAUCUAAUAAAUAAAGCAGUAUAUCAUAAUUUAGACUUUUAAACUCGUAAUUUCCACUUUAUCUCAUAUUUAUGACUUGUCAUAAAUUUGACUUUUUAUCUCAUAAUUAACUUCUUGUGUCAACUUUGACUUUUAAAAUCAUAAUUUUAACUUCAUCUCAUAAUUAUAACUGUUUACGUGAUAAUUAUGACUUCAAAUCAUAAUUUCAACUUAUAAAGUCAUACGUUUUUAUCUCACAAUUUCAUCUCAUAAUUAUGACUUUAAGUUUAAAUUCCAGUUUUAUCUCAUAAUUAUGAUGCUGUAUGUAAGUCAUAAUGUCAUUAUUUUCGACUUUUCAAAGCAUGAUUUGUUUUUGUUGCGUGGUGGAAAUGGGCUUCCAAAGAAAGCUGACUGGUUUGACAUUGGUGUUUUUUGCCUGCGAAAUCUCACAAAUGUGACCGCACCUUUACACCUUUACAACUUCAAUCAAGCCUACGCGCUUCGGACAAUAUCAACGAUGACAAACACGUGCUUACACAAACAAUGGCAACGACAAACACACCUGUGCUACGAGAACCUCAUUCGAGAGCUUUCCACUCACUCACUCACACACACUGACGGCACCGUUGAGCUCUUUGUUCCCGUCUGUGUUCCUCUCCAAACCGAUAACGCGACACGCUCGUCAUGUUGAGUUCUCGCCGGAUGACCUCUAUAGCUCACAGACUCAUCCCGGUUUCUCAUCUGUCCUUCAUAGUGAGACGGUGUCUUAUUCUUUCUUCACUCUCUGUAAAAACACUGCUCAGAAACUAGAUGUAUCUUAUUAAAUAUCCUGAAUAUACUGUUAUAUAUUGCCUGACAUGAAAAUUGUGAAACUUAUAUUCGAAAAACAAAUGAUUAUCAUUAUAAAUGAAAAAUGGAAACAGGAAAUAAAAACAUUUUGUGUUUAACAAAACA